CCCCGUCCCGCUGUUGCCUCUCUCAGGUAGGGCCUCAGAGUGAAGAUGGCGACGGACAAACAGAAGCAUGAAGGCAGGGUGAAAAUUGGACAUUAUAUUCUUGGAGACACGCUAGGAGUGGGAACGUUUGGAAAAGUCAAAGUUGGCCAGCAUGAGUUGACCAAGCACCAGGUGGCGGUAAAGAUUCUAAACCGGCAGAAGAUUCGCAGUCUGGAUGUGGUGGGAAAGAUUCGACGUGAGAUCCAGAACCUCAAACUCUUCCGUCACCCGCAUAUAAUCAAACUUUACCAAGUCAUCAGCACACCAACAGACAUCUUCAUGGUAAUGGAAUAUGUUUCAGGAGGGGAACUCUUCGACUACAUCUGUAAAAAUGGAAAGUUGGAUGAGAAGGAAAGCAGGCGGCUGUUCCAGCAAAUCAUCUCAGGGGUGGAUUACUGCCACAGACAUAUGGUGGUGCACAGAGACCUCAAGCCUGAGAAUGUCCUGCUGGAUGCGCACAUGAACGCCAAGAUUGCAGACUUUGGCUUGUCAAACAUGAUGUCGGAUGGAGAAUUCUUGAGGACGAGUUGCGGAUCUCCUAAUUAUGCUGCUCCGGAAGUCAUCUCUGGAAGGUUAUACGCAGGCCCUGAGGUGGACAUCUGGAGCAGCGGAGUGAUUUUGUAUGCCCUGUUGUGCGGAACGCUGCCGUUUGACGACGACCACGUGCCAACACUGUUCAAGAAGAUCUGUGAUGGUAUCUUCUUCACGCCUCAGUACCUGAAUUCCUCCGUUAUUAGCCUUUUAAAACACAUGCUCCAAGUGGACCCCAUGAAGAGAGCCACCAUCAAAGAGAUUCGGGAUGAUGAGUGGUUUAAGCAAGAUCUCCCCAAGUAUCUGUUCCCGGAGGACGCUGCAUACAGCAGUAAUAUGAUUGAUGAGGAGGCGCUGAAGGAGGUGUGUGAGAAGUUUGAGUGCACUGAGGAGGAGGUGCUCAACUGCUUGUACAGUCGCAAUCACCAGGAUCCUCUUGCUGUGGCCUAUCACUUGAUCAUAGACAACCGCCGCAUUAUGAGUGAGGCCAAAGACUUCUAUUUGGCCUCCAGCCCCCCAGACAGCUUUCUAGACGAUCUGCCCGCUCAUCACUCUGCUAAGAUUCACCCUGAAAGAGUGCCAUUCUUAGUGGCCGAGUCUCAACCGCGUCCUCGACACACGCUGGAUGAGCUUAACCCCCAAAAGUCUAAGCAUCUCGGUGUUCGGCGGGCAAAGUGGCACCUUGGAAUCCGUAGCCAGAGCAGACCGAAUGAUAUCAUGAGUGAGGUCUGUCGUGCUAUGAAGCAGCUGGACUAUGAGUGGAAGGUAGUGAAUCCUUAUUACUUGCGAGUGCGGAGGAAGAACCCAGUCACUAGCAUACAUACAAAGAUGAGCCUCCAGCUCUACCAGGUGGACAGCAGGACAUAUUUACUAGACUUCAGGAGCAUAGAUGAUGACAUGAUGGAAGUAAAAUCAGGGACUGCCACGCCUCACCGCUCUGGCUCAGUCGGUAACUACCGGACUACCCUAAAGAACGAGAAAAAUGAAUGUGAGGACGCAACAAAGGGUGACGUGUCUGCACCCUCCACACCUCCGAUAUCCGGAGGGAAAGCGGCGGAAAGCUCUCUGGCUUCUUCUCUUACCUCCUCAGUGGAUUCCACUGGGGGAGAGAUCCUCCCCCGGCCGGGAAGUCACACCAUAGAGUUCUUUGAGAUGUGCGCCAACCUCAUCAAGCUGCUUGCACGAUAACUUGUGGUUCCUCUGAUGCCUUCUCUCUCUCUCUCUCUCUCUCUCUUUCUUCUAGAAUACUCUCUACCUCUUCAUCCUCAGAUGGCUGUCUUCAUCCACAGCAGUCCUCCUAUCUCUAUUCUUUUGUCUUUCUCUUUCUCUCUCAGUGUCUUUAGAGCAAUAAGCAUGCAGACAGACUCAAGACUCCAUGCAUCCCACUUGCAUGAACAAGCUGAAUGGUCUGUGGCCGUACAGUCGCCAGCAUCAGCCUGUUUAAGGGGACUAAGAAAAGGUGCAAAAGGGAAAAGGAUGGAGGUUGUUUUUUUGUGCCACAGUCAGGCUGUCAGAAAGAUUGCUAAACCACUUUAUUGUAUCUAUACUUUUUUAGAGAUGGUUUUACAAUUCUUUUUCGGGUUUUAUAGCAAGGAUUUCCUUUCAGAGAGUGAGGCAUAGAGUUAUACACUGAGCUAGCUGUACUGUACACAAUGCUGUUGCAAUUCUUGGUGGACCAAGAGAUCUAUAGAGAAAGAGCCCUUGUGGGCAUGUGGGCCGACAAGUGAGACAGAAAGCGCUUUUGCACAGUUUUACCUGCAAGUUUUUGUGGGCCAGUGUCAUGACUGGUUAUCCCAUUGACACAGCCUACUGGGAAGGGCACUCUAUUAAGAGGAGCCUACUUAAAUAGUGGGCCACUGCUGGGACGGGCCAAUUUAACAUGGUGGGCACUUUAACACAAAGGGACAAUUUGAUAAGUCAGCCUU